CCGCCAAGUGAAAUCCCAGCCUCCAAUCGCCACAGCGAACAGCAGCAGCAGCCGCCAGAUCCCUCUCCCCCAGCUCCGAUGGCCCGCACGAAGCAGACUGCCCGCAAGUCCACCGGCGGCAAGGCGCCGCGGAAGCAGCUGGCGACCAAGGCGGCGCGCAAGUCGGCGCCAGCGACCGGCGGCGUCAAGAAGCCCCACCGCUUCCGCCCUGGAACCGUCGCGCUCCGUGAGAUCCGCAAGUACCAGAAGAGCACGGAGCUGCUCAUCCGCAAGCUCCCCUUCCAGCGCCUCGUGCGGGAGAUCGCGCAGGACUUCAAGACCGACCUCCGCUUCCAGUCCUCCGCCGUCUCCGCGCUCCAGGAGGCCGCCGAGGCCUACCUCGUCGGGCUCUUCGAGGACACCAACCUCUGCGCCAUCCACGCCAAGCGCGUCACCAUCAUGCCCAAGGACAUCCAGCUCGCCCGCCGCAUCCGCGGGGAGAGGGCCUAGGUUUGCCGUGCUCGCCGGUGACACUGGCCAGUGGCUGUUCUUGUCGUGUGUGCCUGGUGCUUCUGUUUGUUUUUGUUGAUAUGAUGCGUCGUCUGGUCCUGAUGUGUUGUCAUGCUCGAAUGAAAUUCCAGUGGAAAGUUGAGUUAUUGAUGAA